CGUUUUCAUCGUAAUCACCAUGGCAACUCUUGUGCGGAAGAAGGCCAAGCCAAAGCAGCGAACCCACCAAGAACUGACCGACCAUCCGUUGGUGGCGAGCGGCGCACCCUACCGUGGCAAUGGCGGAACAUCCUCCAACAUGCAGGAAGGAGGCAUCGCACACGAGACAAGUCCCAUCAAGAUCCACGUUUCGCCCGACGACUUGCUGCUCAUGGAGAACUUCAACGGGCAGAGUCCAGUGACUCCGAGCGCGCCAGAAAUUGACAUCCUUCGAGACAGCAAACACAACGAGCAACUCGAUCACUGGGAAGCCAUCAUGAUGGGCAGCCCCAUGACACCUCUGAUGUCGAUGGACCCGAAUCACAUGCGACAGCCGGACGAGUUCUCAUUGACGGGCGAGAACCCACCGUCGUCGUCCGAGACGGCCACCGCGCCUGUCCAGCUCAAUGGCCAAUCCCCCGACUCGUCGCCGUCCUUUCUCGAGACCCAAGUACCCCCUGUCGAGAGAAAGUACACGCUUCCGCCCGCGUCCGUGACGAUAUCGUCCGUCGCCGACCUCCUCGCGCCGUCCAAGUCGUCCCGCUUGCACCUCACCGCGCCAGUGUACCCCGUCCUCGCGCAACUCAAGCCCAUCGUGCUUCCGCAAUCCCAUCGCGUCGUCGCCCCUCAGCCGUACAUGGAACGGCCGCUCCUGCCUCUCCAAGAGGUCCCGCGCGUCCCCUUGCGGCGCUUCGAACACUACGACGACCACGUCCAUCUUCGCGACCUCUCGCUCCGCCACUAUGAGGAACGGUCGCGCGCCAUCGAGACCGCUCCGGACGAUUUCUACCGCCUCGUGGAAGCCUACCUCCACUUUGACCAUGCAUUGCGCCAGGCCCAUGUCCAGCUGCUCCAGCGGAUCGCCGACGUCGACGAGCGCCGCGCCAACGUGUGGACGAUUGACUUUGAGUCGGCAUCCACGUCGGCACUGUGUGGGGACUUGAAAACCAUCGACGAGUCUGUCGAGUACCAAACUGCCAGCUUAAACCCACAGCUCCAAGCCAAUCUCGCCGAUGCUUUGGGUCAGCUGCGGCAGUUGCGCACGGCCGAGGCAUCUCUGCAUCUGUUUGAUCGGGCUCUGGGGUUUCUCCGCGUCGAACUAGCCGUGGACGUGGUCGUGGAGGGCGGGGACAUGGGAAGCAUCCAGACAGCCAUGGACACGCUCUUCUUCUUCGAGAAGCAUCUGACCACGCCGCGCUUCAUGGGGACCGUGCCGUCGUCUGUGCGUCGGGGGCAGCUGGUGCUGGAUAAGCAGGCCAAGGGCCUCGUGUGUCAUGCGUGCGGCCACGUCACGGCCAUAUCGUCGUCGGCCGUUCGAGUGGUCUCGUGCGGCCGAUGCGAUGCGCUGGGGUUUGUCCCGCAUACAACCAUCGCAGUCUCGUCCAAAGAGUUCACCGCCGCCAUCGCCCAAGUCCGCCGGUCCAUCCAGCACUGGCUCACGCGAUGCAUGGCCAAACUGCAUCAACUAUCAUCGACCCCACAUGACGAAAACGUGGCUAAACAUGGGGAAAACGUGGCUAAACAUGGGAAAAACGUGGCUCAACAUGGGAAAAACGUGGCUCAACAUGGGAAAGACGAAGCGGUGAUGCCGUGGCUGAUCGCGCACCUGCUGCACCUGCCGGGGCUGGCGCUGGAGCGGCAGUGGGCCGUGGGGUUCGUGCACUUUGCGCCCCCGUCGGCGUGGACCGUGGCGACGUUGGACCACUUUCUGGCCAUGAUGCAUCUGCUCUUUCACCCGGCGGUGCUGCCCAUGCAAUACGCCGCUGCUGCCGACGACGAUGUGGGGGUUGGCGGGGAAACUUCCCCGCCGCCAGACGAGUGGCUGCUGAUGGAACUGCCAUCGCACGGGGAAUUGUCCCUGUUGGACGCCGACUACGUGCUGUUGUGGAGGCAAUUUCCCCUCGACACGGCGUUAAGCCACUGCAUGACACUGGCGCCCCACGACGCUUAUAGCCGACUACUGUACCUUGUGAACGAAUGCACAGUCGUGUUUGAAAAGUUCGCCGACUACGACCAGCUCGUAACUUCGGUGUCGGACGCACUGGGAAAAAUCCUCGUGACGGCAUCGCAGACUUCCCACGGGUCGCUCUUUGACCAGUUGUUCCAGAUUGGGUUGUUUGGGGUUGUGAUGGCCAGAAGCCCCAAAGUGUAUACAAGUUUGCCGUCAUGGGCGUACCACGCCCUGAGCCCCAGUGGCCAAUGGGAUGCGCUCUCCGCCUUCUUCUUUCAGCCAUCCAUUCCGUCCUCCGCGCUCAAAGCGUACAUCCCGUUCACAUGCUUUAUGAACGACCAUCCGUCGCUGCGCCUUCGAUUCUACCACGAAGUGAGCCGAAAUCAAGCGCUGCUGGCCGCCCUCGGCGUGCUCGCUAGCCACACCCCGUGGAGCGAGCUCGUACAAACCAUCGUACACGAGCUCUUUCUGUGCUACAUGGCCACGCCAGACACGCUCUUGGACGCGCACGUCCGCACGCUGUCGGGGGUGUGCACGGCGCACCCCUGCGCCCUGUCUCAGCUGCUGACGCUCGUGUGUCAUCACGACACGGGCAUGGCCGUGUUGCCCCAGCUGCCCAUCCGGUUAUGGCAUCCGACUGAAGCUGACUUGGGCGUGUUUCAAGCAUGGCUCAUGCUCGACCACGUCCACGACCCCAAGAGCCAGCUCGUGCGGACGCUGCUGGACCGAAUGAACUGGGGUUACUUGGACGACCAAUCACAGCUCGCUUUGCAUCCAACCGUGCAUCGACACGUGGCUCUCUUACUCGUGGAUGCCACCGUACACCACUCGACCAAUGUAACGUGGAGUAGCCGCCUCGUUGCCUUUGAUUUUGCCCAGUGGAGCUGGCAACUCGUUCUAAAACUGCACUUUUACUCCCCACGAACGUACGAGCCCUACUUGACCCUCGUCCGCCUCGACUCGGAUCUGACCCGACACGCCAUGAUCCUCCGGAGGUACGCCAAGAGCCUCCCCAAGUCCCACGUUGUGCUGGGCAAGGCCGAGCACGCCAUGGACAGCCACAGUUGCAUCUCGUACGUUGAGCCGGGGACUAGUACUACUAGUACUACUAGUACUAGUACUACGCUGGUCCAUCCCGAAGAAGAAGAGGAUGGGGUGGUGCCGUUGGCCGAGAUGCAGCCGAUUGUGCUGUACGUGGUGUGUCAGGUGACGGAUCAUUUGUACUCUACCUGUAUCGACAAGUUUGCGCCGCUCUUGUCGCUCGUCCUGGACCACAACCGCCCCGUGGCCGUGCUACAAGUGCUGGAGAACAUCCUUCCAACUCUGUCGCAGACGCCGCUCAAUCACACGGAUGUGCACACGUUCGUGAAGAACUACCUCGACAACAACGCCGACUGGCGGUCUAUUGUACGUGUUCUGGCCAAGAACUGGUACUUUUUACCAGACUUGGCGAAAUCCACACUGGUUGAUCAGUUGUUGGCCAACGACGACACCGGCGGUAUCUCUCAGAUUCUGCCCGUGAUUGUAUCCACGCUGGAGCAGAGUGUAUGCGUCCAUCCGGCGUUGCUGCCGGCGUUGCUGGGCCAGUUGCCGUCUCCAUCGUGGAUGCAGUCGGCCAUGUCGACGCUAAUCGGGUUCAAGAGCGCCGUGCUACAGCAACCCCGUACGGCGUUCGUGAACGAGGUGGUCCAAGUGAUCCGGCGGCAGUACUUGCAUACAAACUUGCACAGCAACGUGCUACUGGUGUGGCUCGUGGUCGUCAUGGGCGUGCCCAACUGGUCGGACGCGCCAGUUUACCGCCAACUCGUCGACUCUGUGAUCGAAUGUGCGCUCGUGCAUCGACCUGACACGGCCAUGGUCGAGCUUGAAGCCCCGUUCCGGCUCUAUCUCGACCACAUGUGCGCGGUCUUCCCCACGAGUUCACUCAGUUUUGUGCCUACUUGCGUCCCCCCUUCGACCAGUUCGUACUACAUGUCGUCGGUCGUGUUUCGAGGUCAUCCCCCCAACGUGGAGCUAUACUUGGGGUUCCUAUCGCUCCUCGUCGAAAUCCGCAAAGAAAAAGAACUGUUUAAAGCGCUGGGCCAUAUUGUGCUCAAAUCCAAGCUCAAGGUCAAGAGCCUCGACACCCUUCGAGCCAAGGGCCGCCUCGCCACCGAGUUGUACGUGUUUGGCAUCGACACUUCGCAACCGACGCUGUACGGCCACUUGGACCUCCAGUUCCACUCGUGGCAUACACUCAAGCUGUUCAAGGUGGCGUCGUUCGUGCUGCAACACCGCGAGAGUAGUCACCCUGUGGACUUGUUGCUGUGGCAGCUCUUGUUUGCGCUCUACUUUGCCUCCGUGGGCUCCGACUGCUUUGGCUUUCUCAUGCUCGAACUGCACCCCCAUACCCGCAAAGCGCUGCAGACCAAGUGCCGCCGCCUAUCAAAUGCGUACUCUGCGCAAAUUGGUAAUCGAAGCAAGGCGGACGAGCUGGCUCGGACGUACGCUGCCAUGGAAACGUGGCUCGAACACCCCGAUGUAUCGACGUGGCUGCACCAAAUCGACCACUUGCCACGCCAUUACAACACUGCACAGUUGAAACAAGUGCUCGGCUUGAGUCAUGCACUGCUUCACACGGCAGAUACCAUCGACAUGACGUCCACGACCAUCUGGGAGGACAUUGCGCCUUUUCUAUGGCUCCCCCUAUGUGAUUUUGCCUACACAACCCCCGCCACCGCCGCGCCUCUGUCCUCGUCCGAUCCGCCACCGCCGACGCCGCCCCCCCCUUCUCUUUGUCCGUCGCCGCUUCCGUUUCACGCACCAAAGUACGUGCGGUUUUCGCCAGUGGUCAGUAUCGACACGAUGCAAUCGGUGGAGCUCCGUACCGAGCCAUUUCAUGAUCGGGCGACAGUGUACGCCGACGCCGUGGCGACCCUCGCGACUCUAGAGACGGAAUUCCUCGACCACUUGAACGGAUUGUACCAGCCCAAGCACCGCGUAGUCCACACCAGCCGGCCGUGCGACGGUACUUCCCACGAGCCGUGCAAACGCCCCGCGGCGCUCCAUCUAGAGUACACGGAGUGGACGGUCGAUGCAGAUCGCGUCGAGCGCAUCGACCAAUUCCAUAUCCAAAGCGCCAAGUUGGACCUGUGGACGACCGACAUUCCUACUGUUCCGUCGGUGGGAAUGAUGGUCGAUCGAUCCACAUCCCUGGGUCUGACGCCGCUGGACGUGCAAGUAUGCUACCAGAUCCUCGUGAUCGACCAAAUGGUGGCGCUUCUAACUCAAUCCCCCGACCAGUUUCAAUCCAUGGGCGUCCAGUGGUUUCACAAGCUGCUCCAUCUCGACACCAAGGCGACGCGGGGAUUUCCGCCAUUUCAAGAGGUGCUUUGGCGCAGUAUCAAGCGACUGGGCGCGACAUUUGUCAAUGCGGAUGAAACCACCGGUUUACUGCGCUUUAUGCUGCAGGACUGUGCCCGCGUGUGCUUGUUAGCCGACUGCUUCUUCCCCAACCAAACGCCCACGCGAUUCGUCGAGUACUUUGCCAGCAUCAUGUACCAGUCAGAGCACCUCGAGUCCGCGGACCGCCUGGAGCUGCUCUCGCGCUUCGAUAUUGCACUGUGGCUAGACCAUGAUCCGAUCCUAUUUGAUCGAGAUACACUGGUCAGUAUCGUUCUCGCAGAACUCGUGCUUGGCAACGCCAAGCUAGACAUCUUGCGCAUGCACGCCAAGAUGAUUCAUGUGCUGGCUUCGCGAUACCUGGAUGACCACGUUGACAAGAUUGUGUGCGCCCUACUUGGGGUGUAUGACGUCCACUACGCGUCAGAUUUGCACGCCAUGCGGUCGUACUUUGAAGUGCCGACGACGCCGCCAUCAUCCAAGGCGCUGGAUGUGUCCAUGUGGCACGCGCUGCUUAAUAUCCCCCCGAGUUGCUGGAGUCGCUGCAAAGUUGUGCCGCAACUCGUAGACCGCGUGGCCCAGUUUGUCCUCCACGCCCGAACCAAAGCCAGCCAAGCUAAGCAAGUCAAGGACAUCUCAGCCUUGUUAAUCACGUCGUCGGCGGCGUACCCGAUCGUGACGUGGCACUCGGACCAAGCGAUCCUCCAACCCUUGUGUGAUCUUAUGCUGCUGUGGAUCAAAGCGUCCCCCCCCGACACUCUAUGGCCCAUCGCGACCAAGUUAUUUGAAGCGUUCUUGACGGUGCUGUACACUCCUGGGCCGACCCCCGAUGCAACAACCAUCGUAGAACCGUGGCCACCCACUGAAGAAUCAGCCGAUCAAGUACUUUGCCACGCCUUGCAAGCCACGUUCACAUUAUACCUGGACCUGCCGCCAGAUGUCGAUGCGAGUGCCAGAUUGGACAACAUUUGGCAGUUUUAUCGACGGGUACUACUACCCCACGCAUCGGAUGCGUUAGCUGGGUCGUACAAUGCAGUGCUAAGUCGUCUGCCGUGGUCGCUGUGGGGCAUUUCAGAGGACACGCUCAACGAGAUGAAGGAAGGGGUCGUGCCAUCCGUCCAGACGACGACAGCAACCAAGUCCGCGAACUUCAAGUACCAGUCGCCUCUGCGGCCAAAUGUGCUACUACUCGUGCAGACCAUCCUGGCUCAAGUGCCGUGGAGCCGCAUCGCCGCGCACCUGGCGGACCAGCCGCCGCACGUCAUGUCUUCGUUUUACAUCAAGUAUCACGUCCUGCUGUGCCAUGUGCUGCUACUGGUAGAUACCCCCUCAUCAUCGCCACCGCAGAAAAGUUAUCCGCUGCCCCGCCCUGUCAAAGUGGCCGAAGUCGAAGCCAUCUGCAACGGCGUGUCGGCGCUGCUGCUGCACCCGUCCGUGCUGUGCGUUCCCCCGCGGACGGACGCCAGCCCCCGCUUUUACGCGACCUUUGGGCUCCUUCUGAGCCUCUGCGGCCUCCAACUGACCAACGGGACCGCGUCGGGCGAUGAGCUCAAGAAAGCUGCCGCCGUGCUGCACUGCUUGAGUGUGUUUCUGCACCCGUUAUCCCCCGACUGGAAGCAGAACUUUCCCGCAUUCGAAUCGACCAUGCUGGGACUAGUCCAGGCGGCGCUCCGAUCUGUCCUCGACCUCGUCAUGCUACUCCACGCCCAGGUCGACACACUGGACCGGACAUUUAAAGCCGACCACGUGACCGCACUCUACUGCGAUAUCUUUAAGCUAUGCAACUUGCCGUUCAUUUCCCAGGCGAGUUUGGUCGUCGACUCAACGUUGAGUACUAGUACUAGUAGUAGUACUAGUUGGAUGGAGCUCGAGGCCAAAGUCAGCGUCGCCAUCCCCCCGUCGUCGCAAGAAUGCACCAUGUUAUCCCUAGACAAGUGCAUGCCGUGGAGUGUCGUGGGGUGGCAGUUGCUGUGGCAAUUUGCUGGUAUUUCCAAGAGUUUGCCAGCCAUUUGCGUCUCUGUCGCGUCCGUGUCUGUGCUCAGCCAACUCACCGAGCGCAACUUGAGCUGCUGGAACAUGAGUACGUGGCCCCAGCUAAAACUGCCCGAGCUGAGCCAGGACGAGCUGGUCAUCACCAGUGUCAAGCACCAGUGCUGGCUCACUCUGCUCGCAUUUGCCAAGCAGCAGCACUUCGACGCCGACAUCCAGCGCCAGCUCCACUUCUCCAUGCGCAUGAACGAAUGGGUCGAAGAGAUCGCGGCGGCCGCGGCCAUUUCAGACCAAGCCAAGCUCGUGGGGGUCAUCCUGGCUCUCUUGGCGCGGCUGCUGGCCAUGCCAGGGGUCGCCGUGACCUUUAAGCGGGACAUGGUGGCUCGGAUGAGCAAAGCGUGCUGGAGUAUGGGCGACGCACGGCAGCUGUCGAACGGGUUGGACGCCGUGCAGCGGGCGAUGGGGUUUAAUUUCAUGAACUCGUUUGGCAAGCUCAAACAUUCGGCGGAAUUGCAUGUGGCCAUGCUGGCGCUGAGUUUAUUUAUGCGGGUGAACUCCCGCAAGAGCGCGGUGCUGCGACUCGACUAUGGCGCGCCACUGGACGUCUCCAAGAAGACGCUCAAGCUGAUCAAGACGAUGGAAGGCAUGCCCGAACGCAAGGAGGUGGUGCAGUGGAGCAUCGCCUUUUGCCAAGACCCAAAGCGAUGUCUCCGAGAUCUAGACGAGUUCGCCAAGGUACUCAUCACGGAGCUGUACCCUGCGCACGUGUGGAUGCUGCCACUAGUAAAAGACUAAUACAUUGGUUCAUUACAACUCCUUCUUGUCGUCGGCCUCGGCAGGGUCGUCGGCAGUAGUCUUGUCGGCGGUCGGGUCUGUGCGCUUGGUCGUGAGCACCAAGUGCCAUCCGAACUGCGUCUUGACCUUGUGGAUCUUGCCCACGGCUUCCUCGAACACGACCUUGUCGAACUCGGGCACCAUUUGGCCACGUCCGAAGCUGCCCAACGCCCCGCCGCCGCGAGAACCACUGGGGCACUUGCUGUGCGCCUUGGCCAAGUCGGCAAAGAGCUUGAGCUGCGCGUCCGACCCGUCGUCGGUCUUGAGCAGCUGCGCCAAGAGGUCGUCGACCUCGUCUUCGGUGCUCACCAAGAUGUGGCUGGCGCUGGCAGACACGCCGCCGCCUCCGCCCCACGAGGACACGACGCUAAAGAUGGCGAACAGCACUACGGCAGCCAAGGCGAUCCACUUCAUGUUCUUUUCAAUUUCGCUCCACAAGUCCAUGCGAUAUCGCAACUGGCUUUCGUGGCCGCUCGAUUCGUGGCAGUCUCUGGG